GCUUAACGAGCAAAAUAUAUUUAGGAGAUUUUAUCCAUGUUGUGUGGAGUUGUUCUGUAUGGUUUCCGUUUACAUCACUGUAAAAAGAACUGAGGUGAACAUCUUAUCUUAAAGUAAUAAAAAGGAGUAUGUGUAGUUAGUUUCUUUACAUAUGGUAACUCUUUCCUUGCGGUUAAAAAAUGCUCAUUAUAACUAACAAAAUUUUUGGUUUGGUGAAAGUGGAUUUCAAGUUGAGUCGUUAAUAAGUUUACAAUGAAAAAUAAAAUAAACUGAAUAUUAGGUGUUGAUAGCAAAUAAUAUUGGAAUUAAAAGGAUAAUAGUACCUCGCAACUAAAUAAUGUGUUCUGUUAUUAGCAUUGCCUUCUAUUGGUUUAUUUACCAUACUGCUAAUUUACCUCAGUGUUGUGGGCACGGACGAUUGAUUGAACCGCCUAGUAGGGCGUCAGCAUGGCGAUACGGAUUUCAGACGCCACCUAAUUACAAUGACCACGAAUUAUAUUGCGGGGGAUUUACACGUCAAUGGAAGCAAAACAAGGGCAAAUGCGGUGAGUGCGGGGACGCAUGGGAUUUACCUAAGCCAAGACCACAUGAAUUCGGUGGUUUUUGGGGAAAAGGAGUAAUCGUAAGGAAAUACUCAUCAGAAUCUGUUAUGCUUAUUCGUGUGGAACUCACAGCUAGUCACUUGGGGUAUUUUGAGUUUCGCAUUUGCUCACAACCACAUGCGCAGCAGGAGUGUUUCGAUCAACAUUUAUUGAAAGUACAGUCAGGAUUUCCGAGUCAAUCAAUAUCAACUGAUCUUGAAACUAGAUUUUAUCCGAGAAAUGGCAGUUUAAUAUAUAAUGUUAAAGUCCAACUUCCUAAAGGUCUGAACUGUAAUCAUUGUGUGUUGCAAUGGCGUUAUAUAGCUGGUAAUAACUGGGGUAUUUGUCCGGAUGGAAAUGGUGCUGUAGGCUGUGGACCACAAGAAGAGUUUCGCGCCUGCUCUGACAUCGUUAUAAAUGAUCACGAAUACAAACCCGAUUCUCCGUCCGAACCAAGGGCAACAGAAAGUCCAAAACACGGACAGACACAAACCAAAGAACAUUUCGAUCAAUUUAGUUAUAUCAAAUUGAUAAUUUCAUUAAUUUUGCUAGUAAUUUUCUUUAUAACAGUAGGCGUUGGGGUUUGGUUUAGAGCGACAAUUACACGUUAUGUCAAAACCAAUUUAUAUACCAGACUACGGAAAGCCCGCCCUUUCUCAUUAAGUAAUAUUGCAUCGAAGCCGGAACCAUCUUUAAGGACUAUCUCGUCUUCUAUGGAAGGUAAAACUUUAAAUUCUGCUGAAAUUAAGUGUGGUUUGACGCCACCAAUACCGCCACCAAGAUCAAAAAGAAACCUUCAUCUUGAGAAUAAUCACUUGUUUGCUCAAUCUUCAAAUUUAGAAAUAUAAAAAUUAAAUAAAGUAUAUUAUUUAUAAAAUAAAGUUAAAUGAUGUAUAAUCAAAA